GUGUGGGAAGAGAGAGAGAAAGAAAAAGAUGAGAGUUGUGGUGAGGUUUGUGGAGAGGAGAAGUUUCUCUUUUGAGGAAUGGGGGGGAGAAGGUGGGAAACAACCACAAUCGAACAACGCCAUGUGAAUGGAGAAGAAGCUCAACCUCAUCGUCCCUAAUCCUCAUGAAACAUUUCCGCGCCGCGAUUCCCCUAUACCUCAAGAUUCACCGUGGAUGGUGAAAUUCAGCUCUGGUGAAACUAUGGAUUCGGGAACUUAUCCGGAGCGUCCAGGGGAGCCAGAUUGUUCAUAUUACAUUAGAACGGGCGUUUGUAGAUUUGGCGCAACGUGUCGGUUUAAUCAUCCUCCUAACAGGAAGCUGGCUAUUGCCACUGCAAGGAUGAUUGGCGAGUUUCCAGAAAGAAUAGGGCAGCCAGAAUGUCAGUACUAUCUGAAGACAGGAACUUGCAAAUUUGGAGCCACAUGCAAAUUUCAUCAUCCUAAAGACCAGGCUGGGAUUGCUGGAAUAGUUGCCUUAAAUAUUUUAGGCUAUCCACUCCGCCCUAAUGAGCCUGAAUGCACUUAUUAUUUGAGAACAGGACAAUGCAAAUUUGGGAACACUUGCAAAUUUCACCAUCCUCAACCUAGUAAUAUGAUGCUUUCAUUACGGGGUUCUCCUGUUUACCCUACUGUCCAUUCUCCAACUACGCCAGGUCAGCAGUCAUAUGCUGGAGGAAUUACAAAUUGGUCCAGGGCAUCAUAUAUUCCUAGUCCUCGAUGGCAAAGUCCGUCAAGUUAUGCACCCUUAAUUCUGCCUCAGGGAGUGGUUUCAGUGCCUGGGUGGAGUGCAUACAGUGGUCAAAUGGGAUCAAUAUCUACUUCAGACAGUCCACAACAAGCAAUGAGAAAUGGUCAAACAUUUGGAACUUCUCGCCAAGGUGAGCUAGCAAAUGCAGGAUCACCACAUGGGGCAUAUUCUCAAUUCCGUUCUAGCACCGUUCCAGUUGGUUUUUAUGCAUUGCAGAGGGAAAACAUAUUUCCUGAGAGACCUGGUCAGCCUGAAUGCCAAUUCUACAUGAAGACAGGAGAUUGUAAGUUCGGUGCAGUCUGUCGAUUCCACCACCCACGUGAGAGGCUAAUUCCUGCUCCUGACUGUGUCUUGAGUCCCAUGGGCCUUCCUUUACGUCCUGGAGAACCUUUGUGUGUCUUCUAUUCGCGUUAUGGCAUAUGCAAAUUUGGCCCAAGUUGCAAGUUUGACCACCCAAUGGGAAUUUUCACCUAUAAUAUCCCUGCAUCGCCUUCAGCUGAUGCCCCAAGCAGGCAUCUGUUAGGAUCUUCAUCGGGAACUGCUGCAUUAAAUUUAUCUUCGGAGGGACAUGUUGAGUCAAGCUCAGGCAGACGGCUUUCGUUAUCAGAGACGGGACAGAUUCCUUCUGGUGAUAAUGACAUUGAUGAUGAUGUCUCUUGAAAAUGGGUCAUUUGGCUUUUACAAUUUUUUUUUAAGGGGAGAAAUGAUUAAUCUGUAAAUUAAUUUUCCCAUUGCUGGAGAUGUACAGAGGUCAUGUCAGGUUGAUUCUGUCAAUCUGAAAUUAAAUACAGUUGACAGAUUCAAUUGUUCUGGAUUUCAUGUUGCCUGGCUCAUUGGAUAAAUUUAAGCAAAUGUCACAUUUGGACAAACCCAACGUGAUCGAUCCUUCUGUCCUUUGAAGCCACGACUUAUUCUAAUUAACUUUUCACAUUAUGUAAAAAUUCACUUUCGGAAGUCUGUAAUGACCAAAUUUACCUCUUUGAAUAUUUAUUGGGUGCAGGGUUGAAACUCAUUUCAAAGCCUUUACUUUCUCACUGCAGUUGGGUUUAUGCUGUCUACUGUGCAUGUAUAGAAUUCUUUUCAGUGACAAGCCAACAGUAUCGUCAAUGCCUUUCUAUUUUUCAUA